AUGCUGGUGCACACCUACUCCCCCAUGGAGCGCCCCGACGGGCUGGGCGCGGCGGCUGCAGGGGCCCGCCUGUCGUCUCUGCCCCCGGCGGCUUACGGUCCGGCGCAGCAGCUCUGCCACACGCCGGCCGCCGCCGCCGCCAGCGAUUUUCAGCCGCCCUACUUCCCUCCACCCUACCCGCAGCCGCCACUGCCCUACGGCCAGGCGCCCGACGCCACCACCGCCUUUCCCCACCUGGCCAGCGACCCGUACGGCGGCCUGGCGCCCCUGGCACAGCCGCAGCCUCCACAGGCUGCCUGGGCAGCGCCGCGCGCCGCCGCCCGCGCCCACGAGGAGCCGCCGGGCUUGCUGGCGCCGCCAGCCCGCGCCCUGGGCCUAGACCCUCGCCGGGACUACGCCGCCGCGGUGCCACGGCUCCUGCACAGCCUGGCCGACGGCGCGCACAGCUUGGCGGACGCGCCCCUUGGCCUCCCCGGGCUGGCGGCUCCGCCUGGCCUGGAGGACCUGCAGGCCAUGGAUGAGUCGGGAAUGAGCCUCCUGGAGCAGUCUGUGAUCAAGAAAGUCCCCAUGCCCUCCAAAGCCAGCAGCCUCUCCGCCCUCUCACUGGCCAAAGACAGCCUGGUUGGUGGCAUCACGAACCCCAGUGAGGUCUUCUGCUCCGUGCCAGGCCGGCUUUCACUGCUCAGCUCGACAUCCAAGUACAAGGUGACAGUGGGGGAGGUCCAGCGGCGACUGUCGCCUCCCGAGUGCCUCAACGCCUCACUGCUGGGUGGUGUCCUUCGCAGGGCCAAGUCCAAGAAUGGAGGCCGGUGCCUGCGGGAGCGGCUGGAGAAGAUGGGGCUCAACUUGCCAGCUGGCCGUCGCAAGGCUGCCAAUGUGACCCUGCUGACUUCGCUGGUGGAGGGAGAGGCCAUACAUCUGGCCCGAGACUUUGGCUACAUCUGCGAGACCGAGUUUCCAGCCAAGGCAGCUGCCGAGUACCUGUGCCGACAGCACGCCGACCCUGGGGAACUGCACAGCCGCAAGAGCAUGCUGCUGGCCGCCAAGCAGAUCUGCAAGGAAUUUGCGGACUUGAUGGCUCAGGACCGCUCGCCACUGGGCAACAGCCGCCCGGCACUCAUCCUGGAGCCGGGCGUGCAGAGCUGCCUGACACACUUCAGCCUCAUCACCCACGGCUUCGGCGGGCCGGCCAUCUGUGCCGCACUCACCGCCUUCCAGAACUACCUGCUGGAGGCGCUCAAGGGGCUGGACAAGAUGUUUCUAAGCAGUGCGGCCAGUGGGCGUGGUGACACCAAGGCUUCAGAGAAGGAUGCCAAGCAUCGGAAAUAA